UCGCACCACACCUGUGAAGACGUGUACAGAGGACGCGGCGUCAGUCGCGCUCCGUGUGACAGGGCUCAGGCUGUACGCCCCUUCCGCCCCGCCCCUUCCCUGUUCCAUGCUACUUCAGUAUGAGAAUAGUUGUUGGCACUUCUGUUUAUCUGUUUGUUUGUUCUUUUACCGCGCUGUAUUCUUGUAUGCGGGGCAUCCAGAUGUUUUAGCUGUUGAAGUUUUCUCGAAUCUUCGAAAAGGAGGAAUUUGAAUCUAUCAACAUCCUCGCAGUUUUAUCAAUAUAAGAUUGAGAAUAUUGAUUUGUGAGACAUAAUGAUGAGACCAGGAGGAAUUGUGAAAUUGAUCAUCCUGAUUUCUACCCUUCUCUUGGUGGUGUUCCUGGCUUUUCAGCUCCUGGAAUUCCACACGGAUUUUCAUUUGCCACACUCGUUAUUGAAACCUGGAGCCAUGGAAAGUUCUACAGAGGCAACUCCUCACAAAUGUGGCGUGUAUAAGCCCUGUCCUGAACACCAUUUCACCUUCAAAAUGGCCAGCGGAGCUGCCAGUAUCGUCGGGCCCAAAAUCUGCCUAGAGGAUGAGACAUUGAUGAGUGGUGUGAGGAACAACGUUGGAAGGGGUUUGAACAUUGCCCUAGUCAAUGGAAAGACUGGCAGGCUCAUCCGUACUGACUCCUUUGACAUGUGGAGUGGAGAUGUCAGCUUACUUAUCAAGUUUUUGAAGGAUAUUGAAGAUGGAACAGUUGUCAUGAUGGCUACUUUUGAUGACUCUUCUACAAAACUUAAUAGUGAGGCAAGGAAGUUAAUAUCAGCAUUUGGCAGCUCCUAUAUCAAUUCACUCAGCUUCAGGGACAACUGGCUGUUUGUUGGAGGAAAAGGGAUCAAAACCAAGAGUCCUUUUGAACAGGGUGGUUUGUGUGGGACCCACGUGGGCCUGUUCAUAGUUUUCAGUCACAUGACUGAUUUGGAGACCUGGAGAGCAAAACAUCAUUCCAAAAUGGCAGCCAACACUGGACACUCCAUGGAACUGCAACACAGGCCUGUCAAAUUUCCAUCUGUUUCAAGUCAUGAAUAUUUUGAUCACCUCUCAAAAGAACAACAACAAAGGUAUUUGAAAAACAUUCGAUAUGCCAUCCAUAUACAGCAGAGAGAAAUGGUUUGUAUGUUUUGUAAAACCUUAUUUUUUACAGGUCCAGGUCAAAGGUCAUCACCAAUCAUAAUUAUCUUGACCGGUGUAGGUCAAAGGUCAUCAUCAUCAAUCAUAGUUGAGAGAGGUGCCCGUCGUCAGUGCCCUCUCUCUCCGUUACUGGACCUGGAUCAGGGUUUGGACCUGGAUCUGGAUACUCAUUACCAGCUUGUGCAUCUGCUGAUAUCAUGAUGCUACUUAACUAUCUUCGCAGCACCCCCCCUAAGAAUGGAGAUCCGGGGUUCCCCCCUCUUCUUCGGUACAGAAUCUGCCCCACGAACGUGCGUGUUGACGCUUCUACACAGUCAGACCCAGAGCCCCCCUCCAGCUUCCAAUCCGAGGAUGAUGAUGUUGUCUUCUCCGAUCCGGGCCCCGACCAUCCGUCCCUCUUCUCACCCACCAGUCCGCCCGACUCUCAGUGGUCCGCUCACUUCACCCACCCUGAUUUCCCCAUGUCC